AGAAAACAUACAGAAAGUCUUGGUUCAACUUAAUGUCAUUUGUACGGAACAACGUCAUAUUGACCAUUAUGACGUAAUGGAAUCACAAAGUGUAAACAGAAAGUACCUAAACAGAAAGCAUAUGAAUAAAUUAUAUAUUUUACGAAAUGCAACUAAAGAAUAAUCGACAAUAUCCAUUUAAAUGUUGUAGCUAUCGAGCGACGUCUUGUGGUAAAGGAUGAACGGGAUAAAGAACCACAGAAAUGAAGAAACACAAAUCGUAGAAGAGUCCACAGCAAUAUUGAAUUGGUUGGUCAAACGCAUAAAAAGCAACCAACAUUCGCAAGCAACGAAAAUACCUAAAUGCAUAGAUGGAAAUAAAUACGAUACGAAAACGAAGAGAAGCGGUCUAACAGACGCAAUAGUAACCAGCACGUCGCAACCAACUGUACUGAACAAAACCAAUGUUAAUAUAAAGCACAAAUCAGUCACUCAAGACGAGAAAAUUGUGCAAUGCCGAAAAAUCUGGAUCGAAAGUUGCAUUAAAGAAAGGUCUUCGAAAAAAUCGACUUACAAAAAAACAGGAGCAGCCUGGGUGAGACCUGAACCAUCUACCUCGAAGUUUGUUGUCGAAGAAGAAAAUAUUACCAAAGAAAAACUGGAUGAGAUUUUUAAGGAAAUGGAAUCGUUUAUGCUGCCACCUCUAAGACCGAUUGAAACGGUAUGUUUAGAUAUACGCUUAAAAUAAGACAAACAGAAAAUACAUUUUCGCGGUAGCCUAUACCAUGCUACUUAGUGUGUGGUAUAUACCAUAAAUCGAAAAAAAUAUAUAUUUAUUUAUUUUUUUAAAGUCUGCCGUAUUGGUUUGGUCAUUUAUUCAUGUUCUAUCUAUACCAAUUAGCAAUCAAGAGCGCCAGUACUGAACUGCCUAUUGUUGUCACUUUUCGCUGAUUAGGUUUUUGCACUAUAGUAUAUAAGUAUACUUUACAUUCAGGAGGCGGCUAAAGAAUGGAAUUCGGUUCUGAUGCAGAAGUCAGAGCUCUGUUCCGAAAUCAUCCGAAAAGACGCGAAGUUGGCACGGUUGGCGGCAGAUGCUAAGUGGCGCCAAAAGCGGUUGGAAAAGUUGGAGAAAAGAUC